CCUCCAGGGAGUGUCUGCGCAGGCGCAGUGUGUGUGAGCGGUGUGAGUUGUUGGUGGGUGCUGGCGGCUUCCUGGCAGCGGAGCCGGGACACGGGGCGGACAGAGCGAUAGCGCCAUUAACAAGACGGUGAUAAACUUGCAGUCCGGUGUCGGAGACACUUAGCUGAAGCCAUGACCACGACAUUUCGAAAAGACUUUGACAAGUACAGGGAAAUGGAUGAGGAUGAGCUGCUCGGGAAUCUCUCUGAAGCUGAUCUAAAACAACUUGAAAAUGUCCUGGAAGAACUUGAUCCAGAGCAUGCACUGCUGCCAGCAGGAUUUCGACAGAAGGACCAGACAGGGAAGACGGCCACAGGUCCUUUUGACAGGGAUAGUCUGUUGGACUAUUUGGAAAAGGACGCACUUGCACAGAAGGACCGGGAGGACUAUGUGCCAUUUACGGGAGAAAAAAAAGGAAAAUUAUUUAUUCCAAAACAAAAGCCCAAAGAUUUCCAUACUGAGGAGAAGUUGUCCCUUGAUCCGGAGCUGGAAGAGGCAUUGAGCAGUGCCACAGACACAGAACUAUGUGACCUUGCAGCAAUCCUUGGAAUGCCCAAUUUGCUGCCAAAUAACACCAGCAAUGGCUAUGAUGUUCAAGGAUUUCCAAAUGUGGUAAAAGCAGAGCCACUAUUGCCUGUCUCUGAUGAACCUCCAAAUCCCACAAAUGUGGAAGAGAGUUUAAAAAGAAUCAAAAACAAUGACCCACGAUUAACUGAAGUUAAUCUGAAUAACAUAAAGAAUAUCCCUAUUCCUACCUUAAAGGAAUUUGCAAAGGCUUUGGAAACAAACACACAUGUUAAAAAAUUCAGUAUUGCAGCAACAAGAAGCAAUGAUCCUGUUGCAGUGGCAUUUGCUGACAUGUUGAAGGUAAACCAGAGUCUGAAGUGUUUAAAUAUUGAAUCCAACUUUGUCACUGGAACAGGCAUCUUGGCUUUGGUAGAGGCACUAAAAGAAAAUGAAACUUUACGAGAAAUUAAAAUUGACAAUCAGAGACAGCAGCUGGGAACUGAAGUGGAGAUGAAGAUUGCUAAACUGCUCGAGGAAUAUUCACCGAUUCUUAAAUUUGGCUAUCACUUCACACAGCAAGGUCCACGGACAAGGGCAGCCAAUGCCAUAACAAAGAAUAAUGAUCUCGUCCGCAAGCGACGAGUGGAAGGGGGCUACGAGUAAGCUUUAUUUAUUAUUUGAAGAGCGCAACCCAUUGCUGAAAACCAUCAGCUCUGUUUGAGCAAUCAGAGUCUCAGACCUGGCUGGGAAGAAGGGAAGAUACUGGAAAACAGCAAGACCAUUAUCUAAUCAUUCUUUUCACUAUAUUAGACAACCAUCGCUUCUUUUUAUUAUACCUAGUUUAAACUCCUUAGAUGAUGAACUGAAGAGCCAUAUAUUGGAUACUUGCAAUUUGAAGACAGAAGCCUAAUAUCAUAAGUUGCUGGACCUUAAAAAGGGAAUGUCUUGGUUGCAAGGAACUUCAGUACUAUGUCCUGUCAUUUAUUUACAACUGUCCAAAAAUAUAAUCGAUGAUAUAAUAAAUGGUGAAGACUGUUACGUCAGAGUUGUUCUAGUAAUAGUAGUCCAUCUCACUGCUAUUUCAUAUGAUAAAUUGGUGACUUUAGAGGAAAUUUUCCCAAAAUGGGCAUAUAUAUAUAUUAAUAUAAAGUGUUUCCCUAAUUGAACCAGAACUUUGUGGGCGUGAUGUGACUACCCAUAAUACCUUCAUCUGACAGAUGAGCAUAAUUUGAGUUAAAAAAAAAAAAUCUAUAUAUAUAUAUACCUUAGCAUUUGGCUAAAGGUACCCAUACAUAGUAUGUCCUAAAUGUUCUAGAUUUACACACCUUGCAAGACAAUCACACCCUGGUGUGUAGGAUGAGGCUGAUCGGAACAGAUAGCGUGGGUAUGAAAUAUUGGAAGAAAUGGGAAUCAUGCACUCAAAAUGCAUUGUGUGCAGCUGAUGGGGUACAAUAUGCACUGAAGACUAUAUCCCUCUAUUAGGUGAAAGUGGCACACAGCUGCAUCUCAGAGGCUCAAUGGUUGGUAAAGGAACGAUGGAAAACCUCCAUGUACAAGCACCUUUAAAGUACAGCGUGGGAGCGCCUUGUGGUGGCCAUUAGACUCCAGUAAUUCAUACCUCCAACUUUUAUUAGUAGCAGCAAAAAUCUAGGCAAUCUGCGAGGUAAUCAUCAUUUUUUUGCUCCCAGAUUAAUGCAGGGCUGCCCAGCUCAACCAGCUUCCUUGCAGAGUUUUCUCUAAUAGAUAUUAGUGAAUUAAGUAAGGUGCGGCUCCACAAGUAAAAGGGGUUUUGGGCUCUUCUGCCCUGCCCUGCCCUGGCCUACUGUUACCCCAUUUUCUGACAUCCAAGUAUUGUCUAAUUUCUGUGGCCAGCUUUAGAAGAAACUUUGAGGGACUAAUUAU